UCCAUCUAUCUCUGAUUCGGUCCUUUGGGUGUGUUUGUAACUCUUACAAGGAACCUUCUUUCUCUAUCUAAAUUCUAAAGUUCUAACCUUUGUUCUGGUCGCACCAUUUAACACUUCAAAUCAAACUUCUCACUAAUACAAAUCCAAAUCCAAAUUCAAUAGUUGACCAGCUUGUCCCUUAUUCCCAUCCAACUUUUCACAAAAACCCAGAUUCUCUGAUCCAUUUUCUCAUAUACCCUUUUGCAUAUAUUAUCAAAGUUUCAGACUUUGCUUAAUUUUUCUGCAUAUUCUUCUCUUUUCCUUAUCUGGGGUCUCUUCUAUUAUCUUCACUUUCAAGGUUCCUGAUCCAAUCCCAAAGCUUUAUUAUUAUAUUCAUUAACAUCUGUUUGUAUAGUCUUGUUGAAUUCUCAUCUGGCUUUUUUUUAUAUGCGUUGACUGAUUCAGCUUCAAGUAUUGUAUUGGUGGUGUUUGUUGAAUUGUCUGAACCAUCUUUACUUUCUGUUUCUGUGACACAAUCAUGGGUGGUUGUUUGAGUAAAAAAGGAUCAGAACAUGAAUACAAUGGUUACAGACAUGGACAUGAACCCUAUGUGAACCAAUCAAAGAACCCUCCUCCACCUCCACAUCAUCAUCAUCAUCAUCAUCAUCAACAUCAACAACAACAACAACAACAGCAACAACAACAGCAACAACAACAACAACAACAGCGGCAACCUUACAAUAUACCUGAGAAACCUGCUGCACCUCAAGCCAAUUGGAACAAGAACACUGUUCCUGUUCCAAGUCCAAAACCUGUUAUCAGGUCAGAUACAAUUCUUGGGAAGCCAUUAGAGGAUGUUAGGCAAUACUAUACCCUUGGAAAAGAAUUGGGGAGAGGCCAAUUUGGUGUGACAUAUCUCUGCACUGAGAAUUCAAGUGGCCUGCAAUAUGCUUGUAAAUCGAUCUCAAAGAGGAAGCUUGUUAGCAAAUCUGAUAAGGAGGAUAUAAAAAGGGAGAUUCAUAUUAUGCAGCAUUUGAGUGGACAAGCAAACAUUGUUGAAUUCAAAGGUGCUUAUGAGGACAAGCAUUCAGUUCAUGUUGUCAUGGAGUUGUGUGCAGGUGGUGAGCUUUUUGAUAGGAUCAUUGCAAAGGGACAUUACAGUGAAAGAGCUGCAGCUUCAAUAUGCAGACAGAUUGUGAAUGUUGUUCAUAUUUGCCAUUUCAUGGGUGUGAUGCACAGGGAUCUUAAGCCAGAGAAUUUCUUGUUGUCCAGUAAGGAUGACAAGGCACUUCUCAAGGCCACGGAUUUCGGCCUGUCGGUAUUCAUUGAUGAAGGCAAGGUGUAUCGUGAUAUAGUUGGGAGCGCUUAUUAUGUUGCCCCGGAAGUUCUACGUCGUAGAUAUGGAAAGGAAAUAGAUGUAUGGAGUGCAGGAGUUAUAUUAUAUAUCUUACUCAGUGGUGUGCCUCCAUUCUGGGCAGAGACGGAAAAGGGAAUAUUUGAUGCCAUAUUGGAAGGCCAUAUUGAUUUCGAAAGCGCCCCAUGGCCGAGCAUAUCAAAUAGUGCUAAGGACCUCGUUCGUAAGAUGCUUACACAGGAGCCAAAGAAACGCAUCACUUCGGCUCAAGUUCUUGAGCACCCAUGGAUUAGAGAAGAUGGAAAUGCUUCUGACAAGCCAAUAGACAGUGCAGUCCUUUCCAGAAUGAAGCAAUUUAGAGCAAUGAAUAAACUAAAGAAACUUGCACUUAAGGUCAUAGCUGAAAAUCUUUCUGAAGAAGAGAUCCAAGGUUUAAAGUCAAUGUUUACAAAUAUUGACACUGACAAUAGCGGUUCAAUCACAUAUGAGGAACUAAGGGCUGGAUUGCAACGACUUGGAUCGAAACUCACUGAAGCCGAAGUGCGGCAGUUGAUGGAUGCUGCUGAUGUGGAUGGAAACGGCACGAUCGACUACAUAGAAUUCAUCACUGCUACAAUGCAUAGACAUAGGUUAGAAAGAGAUGAGCAUCUCUACAAGGCCUUCCAAUAUUUUGAUAAAGACAACAGUGGGUUUAUUACAAGAGAUGAACUAGAAUCAGCCAUGAAAGAAUAUGGUAUGGGUGAUGAAGCCACAAUCAGGGAAAUCAUAUCUGAAGUUGAUACAGAUAAUGAUGGAAGAAUCAACUAUGAAGAAUUUUGUACAAUGAUGAGGAGUGGAACAACUCAUCAAGGCAAACUAUUCUCUAUAAUUGUUGUGUGGCAAAUCACGGUCCAUAAUCUCAACAUUCUCAAGUAUAUGGGUGCUUGUAUAAGUAAAAGCCAAAGUUCAAAAGAAAAAGCAAAAGCACAUGCACCCUACCCAUUUGAUGAAAGUUCUGAAUCAAUUCUUGGGAUACCAUUUGAACACAUUGGUAAGUUCUAUACUUUUGGGAAGGAAUUAGGGAGGGGCAAUUGUGGUGUGACACAUUUGUGCAUUGAGAGAUCAAGUGGAUUGCAAUAUGCAUGCAAAUCAAUCUCAAAGAAGAAGCUUCUAAGCAGAGGUGGUGAUUAUAAGGAUGCCUUAAAGAAGGAGAUCCAAGUUAUGAUGCAUUUGAGUGGCCAACCAAAUGUUGUUGAGUUCAAAAGUGUUUUUGAGGAUUCUCUUUAUGUUCAUAUUGUUAUGGAGCUAUGUUCAGGUGGCCAUCUUCUCCAUAGGAUUAUGCAAAAGGGUCAUUACAAUGAAAGAGAUGCUGCUUCAUUGUGUAGAGAAAUUGUUACCAUUGUUCAUCAAUGCCAUUUCAUGGGUGUUAUGCAUAGGGACCUCAAACCAGAGAAUCUCAUGUUUUCUACUAGGGGUGAAGAUGCAAUUCUUAAGGCCAUUGAUUUUGGCCAUGCCUCUUUCAUUGAACAAGGAGAGAAAUAUGCUGAUGUUCUUGGGAGUCCAUACUAUAUUGCUCCAGAAGUUCUAAAAGGCAAACAUGGAAAGGAAGCAGAUAUAUGGAGUGCAGGAGUUAUAUUGUAUGCCUUACUCAGUGGUAUGCCUCCAUUUUGGGCAGAGAAAGAAGAGGGAAUAUUUAGAGCUAUACUACUAGGUCGUAUCGAUUUUGAAAGUCAUCCAUGGCCAAGAAUAUCAAAGGAUGCUAAAGACCUUGUGUCUAAGAUGCUCACACUUGAUCCAGAGAAACGCAUUACAUCUGCUGAGGUGCUAGAGCACAAGUGGAUUAAAGAAAAUGUGAAAGCUUCUUCUCAUCACAAGCCAAUGGACAAUGCAAUCCUUUCCAGAAUGAAUGCAUUCAGAGAAAUGAAUAUGCUAAAGAAACUUUCCCUCAAAGUUAUUGCGCAAAAUCUUUCUAAAGAAGAGGUCCGAGGUUUGAAGACAAUGUUUGCAAAUAUGGACACUGAUAAUGAUGGUGCAAUCACCACUGAAGAACUGAAGACAGGAAUGCAAAAACUUGGUUCAAAGCUUACUGAUUCCGAAGCGAAGCAGAUUAUGGAUGCUGUAAGUGUUGCAACCUAUUAUCAUUGAUUUAGUAUCAUUUAUUAUUAUAAUCUGUUUAUCUUCAUUUUUUAUAUAUGUCUUCAAAAUCUUUAAUUACAUUUUAUUGUCAAAUCUUAGGUUGAUAUGGAUAGAAAUGGCACUUUUGACUGCCUAGAGUUCAUCACUGCUGCAAUGCACAGGCAUAGAUUAAAAAGAGAUCAAAAUCUUUACAAGGCCUUCCAAUAUUUUAAUAUAGACAAGAGUGGGUUUAUUACAAGAGAUAAUCUGAACACACUCAUGGCAGAAUUUGGUGCCAAUGAUGAAGUCACAAUCAAUGAAAUAAUCUCUCAAAUUGAUACAGAUAAUGUAUGCAUAUUUUAUCUUUUUGUAUUGAGCUGCUAUAAGAUUCUAUUAUAGUUCCUCAACUUAUACUAAACUCAAUAUU